AUGUCCAUCAACAUCUGCAGAGAUAAUAAUGAUCCUUUUUACCGUUAUAAAAUGCCUCCUCUACAGGCUAAAGUGGAAGGUAGAGGUAACGGUAUCAAAACAGCAGUCUUGAACGUUGCCGACGUGGCCCGCGCUCUAAACAGACCUUCUCCUUACAUCGUCAAGUACUUUGGUUUUGAACUUGGUGCGCAGACCAGUAUUUCGGUCGACAAAGAUAGAUACUUGGUCAACGGUUCGCACGAACCAGCCAAAUUGCAGGAUGUCUUGGACAAGUUCAUCAGCAGUUUUGUUCUAUGUGGAAGCUGUAAGAACCCUGAGACCGAAAUCGUCAUCACUAAGACUGGGGACCUGAUCAGAAACUGUAAAGCGUGCGGUAAAAGAACUCCAAUGGACCUCAGACACAAACUGUCAUCAUUCAUUCUGAAAAAUCCACCCGAGUCUAUGGAGGGCAAAAACAAGAAAAAAGCCGCCACUGCGUCCGCUAACAUUCGUGGUGGUGGUGUCUCCAUCAGUGACAUUGCCCAAGGUAAGUCUCAGUUCUCUGCUCAAAGCGCAGAGGCCGAAAAUGACGAAGGUGGUGACUCUGACGACGACGAAUUGGCACGUCAAAUCAAUGCUGCUGCUUCUCGUCUAGAAGAGAUCGAUGUGAACAACGACGAAUGGGCCGUUGAUAUGUCUGAAGAGGCCAUCAGGGCUCGUGCCAAGGAGCUGCGCGCUGCCAAUGGCGAAGAGAUCGGGCACUCUGCUCUAGAAGAAUAUGGAGAAUGGAUUCUCAACCAAGAGGAAACGCCUUCGGAUGUCGAGCUGUAUAAAAAGGCUUCUGAACUCGACCUGCUGCAAGAACCAAAAGUGGCAUGUGUUCUUGCCCAAGCCCUUUUCGACGAGGAUAUAGUAGAGGAGAUUACCGAGCACACUGCCUUCUUCAAGAAGCUAUUUGUCUCGGACGAAUUUGAAAAUCAAUUUCUCGGUGGUAUUGAAAGAUUCCUGGGUCUGGAACACAAGGCUUUGAUACCAGCACUACCCAAGAUCUUGGUACAGCUGUACAACGAGGACAUCGUCUCUGAGGAAGUCAUUGUCAAGUUCGGUACCAAAUGCUCCAAGAAAUUUGUGCCAAAGGACGUUUCCAAAAAGGUUCGUAGAGCCGCCAAGCCUUUUAUCACUUGGUUGCAAACUGCCGAGUCUGAUGACGAAGACGACUCGGAGUAG